GUGGCUAACCCCACUAACUAUUUGUGUUUCCGCCCUUACAAAUAUCUCUAAUCUCAUUUGGGUGACCCCCAUUCAUUGCACAGUCUCUUUUCAUUUAAUUACUAUAGUACUACCACAAAUAAGACCCACUAUGUCUGAUAACACUGAGCCUGCUAUCUCACAAGUACUUCGAGCAUGGCUACUAUUGCGGAAUCUAUUCCCAAGGCACUAGCAGCCUUCCAUGACAAAACUUCUACCGAAGUUAACCCCACUGCGGGCUUGCGCUCUGAUUCUGAGGACUCUCAGCCUUCGGAUCAGGAGGAGGUCACGCGCAAAUGCUCCUGGAAAGGGGAUAGUGUUUCUGCAGGCAAGGUCAAGGCUCCCGCCAAGUCACUUAAAUUGUCUUUCACUCGCCCCACCCAGGCUACUUUAGACCCCUUAGAGGGCUCAACAUCUAAUACAGGCAAUCCUCGGAGUCUUCUGCGAAUGCGCUAUGGGACCCCUCGUUGGUCAUUUAGCCCAAGGAACCAGAUUCAGACACCCUUUUGGAUGCUUCGGGCGUUCCCUUCUUUGACCCUAGAGUCAUCAGACAUCCUGGGGUCAUGAGGGGUCUUGGGGGGCCCGUACUGCUUUGGCAGUGCAGGCCCCCACAAUUACUCUCUGCAAAUAUAUAUAGCGAUGAUCGCUGUAUAUACGUGCAGUGCAGGUGAAGCCCCGGGCCCCCGGUUCUCUGUACUUGCAGAGGGGGUCCAGCAGACUGCAAGUGUACUUACA